AUGGCUGAAAAAGACCUCGGAAGGGCCGAGGAGGCCAUCGCCGCCAACCAUCACACUGAGCUGGCCGAUCCCGCCUAUCGCAACUCCAUCGAGACCGACUCUACCCGUGCUGAAGGUCGACAGGACAGGGCGCAGAACCACGGCGUCUCUGUUGAGCAGGCUGAGGCCGACUUUGCAGAGCUCCAGCGUGAGUUCACUGGUGUUUCUCGCGCUAGUCGCAGGAAGAGCAGAGCCAGCAAUGCCGACCCGGAGAAGAAUGUUGCUGCUGAAGACGAGGCCGAGGUCGAGUCCCUCUUUGAUCUAGAGGCGGCUCUUCGUGGUGGUCUUGAUCGUGAGAAGGAGGCUGGAAUCAAAUCCAAGCACAUUGGUGUCUACUGGGAUGAUCUAACCGUCAAGGGUUUCGGCAGCAUGUCAAACUUUGUGCCUACCUUUCCCGAUGCCUUUGUAGGCUUUUUCGAUGUCAUUACCCCCGUCAUCAACAUGCUCGGUCUCGGUCCCAAGCCUCCCCAGGUUGCCCUCCUCGACAAGUUCCGAGGUGUGUGCAAGCCCGGCGAGAUGAUUCUCGUUCUGGGCAAACCUGGCUCAGGAUGCACGACUUUCCUCAAGUCCAUCGCCAACCAGCGUUACGGAUACACUGCUGUCGAGGGUGAAGUUCUGUACGGACCCUGGGCCAAUACCGACUUCGACCAGUACCGCGGAGAGGCAGUCUACAACGCCGAAGACGACGUCCACCACCCUACUCUUACAGUUGAGCAGACUCUCGGUUUCGCUAUCGACACGAAAAUGCCCAAGAAGCGACCCGGCAACAUGUCCAAGGCCGAGUUUAAAGAGAGUGUCAUCAGCAUGCUUCUCAAGAUGUUCAACAUUGAGCACACACGCCACACCAUUGUCGGAGAUCACUUUGUGAGAGGCGUCUCAGGUGGUGAGAGAAAGCGAGUCAGUAUUGCAGAGGGUAUGAUCACCAACGCUGCGGUCCUGUCGUGGGAUAACAGCACUCGUGGCCUUGACGCCAGUACAGCGCUGGAUUUCGCCAAGUCUCUACGAAUUCAGACCAACCUGUACAAAACCACUACCUUUGUCUCUUUGUAUCAGGCUUCCGAAAACAUUUACAACCUUUUCGACAAGGUGUUGGUUAUCGAUGGUGGCAAGCAGGUUUACUUCGGUCCUGCUUCUACCGCCCGCAACUACUUUGAGGGCCUCGGCUUUGCUCCUCGACCUCGUCAGACUAGUGCCGAUUAUCUGACUGGUUGUACUGAUGAGUGGGAGAGAGAAUAUGCCCCUGGCCGAUCUGAGGAAAACGCUCCUCACAACCCCGAAUCUCUGGCGGAAGCAUUCAGAGCCUCUGAUGCCUUCAAGUCCCUCGACGCCGAGAUGGCAGAGUACAAGGCCUCUCUUACCCAAGAGACUGACACACACAAUGACUUCCAGAUGGCUGUCAAGGAGAGCAAGCGCGGCACCUCGAAGCGCUCCAUCUACCAAGUCGGUUUCCACCUCCAAGUCUGGGCCCUCAUGAAGCGCCAGUUCACUCUCAAGCUGCAGGAUCGUUUUAAUCUGUUUUUCGGUUGGUUCCGCAGUAUCGUCAUCGCCAUCGUCCUCGGAACCUUGUAUCUUGAUCUUGGCAAGAACAGCGCCUCGGCGUUCUCCAAAGGAGGUCUACUGUUCAUCGCUCUACUCUUCAACGCAUUCCAGGCCUUUUCGGAGCUCGCAGGUACUAUGACGGGACGGGCUAUUGUUAAUAAGCACAAGGCUUAUGCCUUCCAUAGGCCGUCUGCUCUGUGGAUCGCGCAAAUCUUUGUCGACCAGGUUUUCGCCGCCAGCCAAAUCCUGCUUUUCUGUAUCAUCGUUUACUUCAUGACCAACCUCGUACGAGAUGCUGGGGCCUUUUUCACCUUCUUCUUGAUGAUUUUGAGUGGCAAUAUAGGGAUGACUCUCUUCUUCCGUAUCAUCGGUUGUGUUUCGCCCGACUUCGACUAUGCCAUCAAGUUUGCGGUUAUCGUCAUUACACUCUUCGUUGUGACGUCGGGAUACAUCAUCCAAUACGCACAAGAACAAGUCUGGCUACGAUGGAUCUUCUGGAUUAACAUCCUGGGUCUGAGCUUCAGCUCCAUGAUGAUGAACGAGUUCCAGAGAAUCGACAUGGAGUGCACAGCCGACAGCUUGAUCCCUUCCGGACCUGGGUACACCGACAUCGACUACCAGGUCUGCACUCUUGCCGGAUCCAAGGCCGGAACUACCUUUGUCUCAGGAAGUGAUUACGUCGCUCAGGGCUUCUCCUACCACCCCGGCGAUCUGUGGAGGAACUGGGGUAUUGUCCUGGCUCUUAUCAUCUUCUUCCUUAUCCUCAACGUUGCUCUUGGUGAACUCGUCAACUUUGGCAUGGGCGGAAACGCAGCUACUAUCUUUGCCAAACCCAACAAGGAACGCAAGGCUUUGAACGAGAAGCUCAAUGACAAGCGUGAUGCCCGACGCAAGGAUAGGUCCAACGAGGAAGGAUCUGAUAUUACCCUCAAGUCUGAGAGUGUGCUCACAUGGGAGAACCUCAACUACGAUGUCCCUGUCCCUGGUGGCACUCGUCGUCUUCUAAACAAUGUCUUUGGUUACGUUCGUCCUGGUGAGCUCACUGCUCUUAUGGGUGCCUCUGGCGCUGGUAAGACCACUCUUCUCGACGUCCUCGCUGCCCGAAAGAACAUUGGUGUUAUUCACGGUGAUAUCCUCGUCGAUGCUAUCGCUCCUGGCAAGGAAUUCCAACGUUCUACUUCAUACGCCGAACAGCUUGAUGUCCAUGAGCCUACUCAGACCGUGAGAGAGGCCUUCCGAUUCUCCGCUGAGCUUCGUCAACCUUACCAUGUACCUAUGGAAGAGCGUUACGCCUAUGUUGAAGAGAUCAUCUCCCUUCUUGAGAUGGAGUCCAUCGCCGAUGCCAUCAUUGGAACCCCUGAAUUCGGUCUUACAGUCGAACAGCGCAAGCGUGUUACAAUUGGUGUCGAGCUUGCUGCCAAGCCUGAGCUGAUGCUUUUCCUCGACGAGCCUACUUCCGGUCUUGACAGUCAGAGCGCCUUCAACAUCGUCCGUUUCCUCAAGAAGCUCGCUGCUUCCGGCCAAGCUAUUCUCUGCACAAUCCACCAGCCCAACGCCGCUCUCUUUGAGAACUUUGAUCGUCUUCUUCUUCUCCAGCGUGGAGGCCGCACUGUUUACUUUGGCGACAUUGGCAAGGAUGCUCAUGUUCUGCGAAGCUACCUCGAGUCUCAUGGCGCGGUUGCUAAGCCUACCGAUAACAUCGCUGAGUUCAUGCUCGAGGCCAUUGGUGCUGGAAGUGCUCCUCGUGUUGGAGAUCGUGACUGGGCUGAUAUCUGGGAAGACAGUGCUGAGUUUGCUCAAGUCAAGGAGACCAUCAUCCAUCUCAAGCGCGAGCGUCAGGAAGCUGUUGGUUCCAACACCAAAAACCGUGAAAUGGAGCGCGAGUACGCUUCUCCCUUUACCCACCAGAUGAAGGUUGUCUCCACUCGCAUGUUCCGAUCGUUCUGGAGAAUGCCCAACUACCUGUUUACCCGCAUUUUCGCCCACGUCGCGGUUGCUCUCAUCACCGGCCUGAUGUACCUCAACCUCGACAACUCGCGAUCAUCUCUUCAGAACCGUGUUUUUAUCAUCUUCCAGGUUACUGUUCUUCCUGCUUUGAUCAUUACUCAGGUCGAGGUUCUUUACCACAUCAAGCGGGCUCUGUUCUUCAGAGAGCAGUCCUCAAAGAUGUACUCACCUUUCGUGUUCACCUCAAGCGUUGUCCUGGCCGAGAUGCCCUACUCGCUUCUGUGUGCUGUGGCUUUCUACUUGCCCCUCUAUUUCAUGCCUGGCUUCCAGACUGAUCCUUCUCGCGCUGGGUUCCAGUUCCUCAUGGUUCUCAUCACUGAGAUCUUCGCCGUCACGCUUGGUCAGGUCCUUGCCUCUAUCACACCCUCACCGAUGAUAUCAACACAAUUCGAUCCUCUUGUUAUUAUUUCCUUCGCACUGUUCUGUGGUGUUACGAUUCCUCCUCCUCAAAUGCCCGGUUUCUGGAGGGCAUGGAUGUAUCAGUUGACACCCUUUACCCGGCUAAUUUCCGGUAUGGUAACAACUGCUCUACACGGAGUUGAAGUCAUUUGCAAGCAGAGCGAGUUAAACGCUUUCAGUGCUCCCCCAAACAUGACCUGUGGCGAGUACAUGGAGCCCUUCUUCGAGCAGGGCGGACGCGGGUACCUUGUGAACAACAGCACCCAAGACUGCGAGUACUGCGCCUACAAGGUGGGAGAUGAGUUUUACAGUACUUUCAAUAUCUCUUUCGAUAACCGUUGGAGAGAUUUGGGUAUCUAUGCUUGCUUCAUUGUGAGCAACUUGAUCAUUCUUGUUACCGCGAGUCGAUACCUCAACUGGAACCGUCGUUAA